GUAUAUAAAGGCUUGUCACUGUCCUUGGUACCAUGCACUCCCUGAGCUAAACAGCAUCACCAUGUCUAUUCGAUACAGCUCAAGCAAGCAAUACUCUUCCUCCCGCAGUGGAUGCGGAGGAGGAGGAGGAUCAUCCCUCAGAAUUUCGAGCAGCAAAGGCUCUCUUGGUGGAGGAUUCAGCUCAGGGGGGUUCAGUGGUGGCUCUUUUAGCCGUGGGAGCUCUGCUGGAGGCUGCUUUGGGGGCUCAUCAAGUGUCUAUGGAGGAGGAUUAGGAGGUGGCUUUGGUGGGGGCUAUGGAAGUAACUUUGGUGGGAGCUAUGGAGGAGGCAGCUUUGGAGGGAGCUAUGGAGGAGGUGGCUUUGGAGGCGGCAGCUUCGGAGGGGGCAGUUUCGGAGGGGGCAGCUUCGGAGGUGGUUUGGGUGGUGGAUUUGGAGGAGAUGGUGGCCUUAUCUCUGGAAAUGAAAAAAUAACCAUGCAGAAUCUGAAUGAUCGCCUGGCUUCCUACUUGGACAAAGUUCGGGCUCUGGAAGAAUCAAACUAUGAGCUAGAAGUCAAAAUCAAGGAGUGGUAUGAAAAGUAUGGCAAUUCAAGCCAGCGAGAGCCUCGUGAUUACAGCAAAUACUACCAAAUCAUCGAUGAUCUUAAAAAUCAGAUCCUCACCCUGACAACAGACAAUGCCAAUAUCCUGAUUCAGGUUGAUAAUGCCAGGCUGGCAGCUGACGACUUCAGGCUGAAGUAUGAAAAUGAGGUAACCCUGCGCCAGAGCGUGGAGGCCGACAUCAACGGCCUGCGCAGGGUGCUGGACGAGCUGACCUUGACCAAGACCGACCUGGAGAUGCAGAUCGAGAGCCUGACCGAGGAGCUGGCCUACCUGAAGAAGAACCAUGAAGAGGAAAUGAGAGACCUUCAAAAUGUAUCCACUGGUGAUGUGAAUGUGGAAAUGAAUGCUGCCCCAGGUGUUGAUCUCACUGAACUUCUGAAUAACAUGAGAAGCCAAUAUGAACAACUUGCCGAGAAAAAUCGCAGAGACGCUGAAGCCUGGUUCAACGAAAAGAGCAAGGAACUUACUACGGAAAUCAACAGCAACCUUGAACAAGUAUCGAGCCAUAAAUCCGAGAUUACUGAGUUGAGACGCACUAUUCAAGGCCUGGAGAUUGAGCUACAGUCCCAACUAGCCCUGAAACAAUCCCUGGAAGCCUCCUUGGCAGAGACAGAAGGUCGCUAUUGUGUGCAGCUCUCUCAGAUUCAGUCCCAGAUCUCCUCUCUGGAAGAACAACUGCAACAGAUUCGAGCUGAGACCGAGUGCCAGAAUGCCGAGUACCAACAACUCCUGGAUAUUAAGAUCCGACUGGAGAAUGAAAUUCAAACCUACCGCAGCCUGCUAGAAGGAGAGGGAAGUUCCGGCGGCGGCUCCUACGGCGGCGGGCGCGGCGGCGGAAGUUCCGGCGGCUAUGGCGGAAGUUCCGGCGGCUAUGGCGGAAGUUCCAGCGGCGGCGGCCACGGAGGUAGUUCCGGCGGCCACGGAGGUAGUUCCGGCGGCGGCUACGGCGGCGGAAGCUCCAGCGGCGGUGGUCACGGAGGUAGUUCCGGCGGCGGCUACGGCGGCGGAAGCUCCAGCGGAGGCCACAAGUCCACCUCUUCAGGGUCCGUUGGAGAGUCCUCAUCUAAGGGACCAAGGUCAGCAGAAACUGGCUGGGAUACUAACAAAACCAGAGUGAUCAAGACAAUUAUUGAGGAGUUGGCACCUGAUGGUAGCGUCCUUUCAUCUAUGGUUGAAUCAGAAACCAAGAAACACUACUAUUAAGCCACAUCAAGAGGAAAGAGGCUCCCCUCACACAGGCCAUUAUGCAUAGAUGCAUGGAAAAAAAUCUCCAAGAAAACACUUCAGUCUUAAUGGCCUAUGGAAAUAGGUCCACUCCUUGAUCAUAAGGUGUCUAAACGGUGUUUUGUGGUUUCUGUAUUUCUCCUUUUCACUUUACCGGAAAGUAUUCUUUAAUGGAAAAAAAGAAAAACUUUCUGUUCUCAUUUACUAAUGAAUUUCAAUAAACUUUCUUACUGAUGCAAACUA